AUGUGGCAGAGCUGUACAGAAUUUGCCUCCUUCCCAACAACGGAUGCUGUCGGUGGAGACACUAUUUUUGGUUCACUAGUCUCACUGAGCUUUUACGCCGACAUCUGUCGUGACGUCUUUGGUGAGAACUACGACAUCCAAUAUAUAGAGAAGGCUGUUCAAUCCACGAUAGAACGUUAUGGUGGAGCCGACGGAUACAAGGGCACGAACGUCGUGAUUCCUAAUGGUGCGCUCGAUCCGUGGAGUUUAUUGAGCAAAAGCACAACGAAGGAUCCUUCAGUUGUCCCGUAUCGUGUUAAGGGUGGUACUCAUUGCGAAGAUAUGUUUCCCCCUCUGAGAGGGCCAGUACGUGAAGAGCUUCAAGUGCUUUAUAAGCUCAUCUCUCAAAAUAUUGACAACUGGAUUUCAAAUAUUCCUAGUCCGUUCCAUAUUCCCCAUACUGAGAACAAAAUGCCGGAAAAGCCAUGGACGAGACCUGAGAUAAUGCAUCCCAUCGAACGACUGAAGAAUCCUUUCAAACCUGCACGACGACAGGAUGCGUUACGGACUUUCAUCACUCCUAAGUCUCGUAAACGCAAUGCACGCUACAAAAUACACCUGGGAAGGCCUCAAUCCGGACUCCUUCCGGAACCAGAAAUGGUUAAUUAG